CUCCGUCGCUAAUGGCAACGUUACGCGGAAGUGGCAGCAGCACGCACAGGACGCAGACGCAGCUAAUCCCGAUAGUAACGGGUUAAUAAACAAAACAAAGAAAGGAAAAAAAACGAGAAACUUAUCGACAAAAAACAUGAAUAAACCGUGAUUUUAACUUGACUUAAUGUUGUAUUCAAUUGGAGACUCAUGUUUGGUCGUAACAAGGUGGGAGUUCUCCGCACGGAUCCUGAAAAUGUUGAAAAUAUUCCUACAGAUGGAGGGAGGAGGCAACGGGGCGUGCUGGAGGUACUGGGAGCCGUGAUUACCGCGCUGUCCCUGCUUUACAUCGCCCUCACAUUCCCGGUCACCAUAUGGGGCUGCGCCAGGGUAAACACCAAAUCUCCAAAUAUCAUUCAAGAGUAUGAAAGAGCCGUCAUCUUCAGGCUGGGACGACUUAUUAAAGGCAAAGGAGUCAAAGGACCAGGUUUGUUUUGGAUCAUCCCGUGGCUGGACGAGAUUCAGACUGUCGACCUGAGAACCGUCUGCAUCGACGUUGAACCACAGGAGGUGCUGACAGCAGACUCAGUGCCCCUGCAGGUGGAUGCCGUGUUGUUUUACCGCGUGGUGGAGCCGGUGCUGUGGGUGACUCGUGCUCAGGACGGGCCUCUCCUCACUCGGCUCUUGGCUCAGACGUCGCUCAGAGCCACGGUGGGCUCUCACUCUCUCUCACAGAUAAUCACACAGAGGAGGAGCAUGGCCCAGAAGAUGGAGGAGGUGAUAGGAGCCGCGUCGAGGCCGUGGGGCGUUCGGGUGCAGCGGGUGGAGCUCAGGGGGCUGGUGCUGCCCGUGGACCUGCUGCGCUGCAUGGCCCUGGAGGCAGAGGCCCAGAGAGUCGCCCGGGCAAAGUUGAUCUCUGCUGAGGCUGAGCUCGGAGCGUCUCUUGCCCUGCAGCGUGCCGCCUCCGCUCUGUCUCCCGUCGCGCUCCAGCUCCGGUACCUCCAGUCGCUCUCCUCCGUCCACAGCUCCGCCUCCGUCAUCGUCACCGCCGUUCCCAUGGAGAUCCUCAGAAAACUCACGCCCCACAUCACGUAAAGUCGACUUUUUCCUGCAAAUCAAAUUUAUUUAUAAAGUCCAGUGUUUCAGACAUUGCACAAUAUUUAAACCAAAGAAACAAACACUAAAGACGCUCUGUGUAACUUUUCUAGCGUACAGUCUGCCUCCUGCUUGUUUCCGUGGAAAUAUUAGGCUAUUGUUUUACCUGUAAUGCUCUACUGUGUGUCAUCAAACAUAUUUAUCUCCAUGGAAACAAGCAGGUGAAGCUACUAAGCUAAGUUAGAGGUCAGAUCCAUGGAGAGGCGAGCACACUCACAGUAAGAAUACAUGUUUUUCAAUGUAUUUUUUUUUGACAAAUAAUAAUAACUGAAUGAAUGAAACUGUAGAUACUGUCAUACUGUAGAACAUUUUAAUAAUAAUAAUAACUCUUUCAAAGUGCUGAAUGAGCCACAAAGAACAAUACAAAAAGAAAUAAAAUAAUAAUAAAAUAGCACACAGAAAGCAUACAAAAACAGACAAGGAUGCAAACAAUUCAAUAAAUUAUAAGAAAUUAAUAAAAAUAAAAAGAAGUAAGGAAAAAAAAGAAAUAAGGAUUAAAACCGAGCUAAAACAUUGCAAGAAAGUGAUAAGAUCUGCAUGGAGACAAGGUAAAGUUACAUAGUGCACUUUUAAAGAGAUACAUUUUUUAAUGAACAACUUUUUAUAGUAUUUUGACAGCAUGUUUGUAUAUUCAUUAUAAACUUAUAUUUGAGUUAUGUAAUGAGAUUUCACCUAAAAAUGUUUUCCACACGUUUGAUUGUUCCUUCAUGUCAGAUGUUUUGUAACAAAAGGGUGUUCAUAUUAUUUAGUAUUAUAUUUUAUU